AUGGCAGCGGAGCCCGACCCAAAGACCGGCUCUAACAGCUCGGCGAUGAGCCUUGAGGACCAUGGAGAAUAUCAGCGGCCCCAACCACAACAUGCACAGCAAGUUGUGAGUGAUGAUUUGGCCCCAGCCACUAAACGCGAUAUCCGACAACUCCUGAAAGAGAUGAAAUUGAUAUUUGACUCCAACCUGGUCUGGACGGAGAUACAAGCCGUGACCACGAGAGUUCAGGCCACAGAAUAUGACCUCAUGGACAUACGCCAAGAGGUGAAUAGCAUGGGGGUCACCCUCCUCCAUCUACAAUUUGCUAACACAGUAGUCCAAACUAAACUAGACACCAUAGAGGACCGCAGCAGGCAGAAAAACAUAAAAAUCCGGGGGAUCCCAGACACUAUAGGGCGACCGAACUACCACACUAUUUGAGACGACUCACAGCUGAGCUUCUGCCACACACACAGGCCAAAAAAUGAGUUUGAUGGACAAUUCCGAAUUAACAAGGCCAAACAAGCACCCAUAACAGCCCCAAGGGUUGUUAUCGCGAGAUGCCAUUCUCUGCUAGACAAGCGUUGCUUACUAACGGCAGUACAGACCCUAUACACUUUCGAAUCCAGCCAGCUCACUUUUUUUCAGGACAUUACCCGCAACACACUACAGUGGAGAAAAUCGCUGGUGCAACUCACCACCCAACUCUGCAAUGAGAAAGUGGAAUACAGAUGGCUCCUGCCUAGGACCCUAGCGGCUACUCGGGACAAUGUCGUUCGGAAACCUCAUUAUCAGAGGUUCCGUCCUUCCUCCAAUUGCUGGGCCAGCGCAGGGGGCUACGACCCUUUCAACGCCACUACUACCACACACUUUGGACCCUAG